UUUAAAAUCUCGAAUAAACCGUUGGCAAUCUGCGCCAGCGGAUAAUCUUUUCCUGCGUGGUGGUUUUUGAUCAUCGACAGACUUUUGUCGAGAGCGGUGUAGUGCGAUGCCUACCGCAAAAUCUCGUGUCGAAUUCCAACCGAAAAUAGACGCGGUACAUAAACCACUAGAGGAAAAGAGAGGACGAAUCGGGCAGAUGAGAGGAGAAAGUGGGAAGGAAGCCGGAACGGAGAUUUGUUGAAUUUUAGCUCUAGGAAAUCUUAACCUGUAACACGUGCAAAAUCUUUUCUACAGUUUUCGAGCUUUUACCACAAUGACCGCCAUGUUGGCCCACCGAUGACCGAUGCUUCCAAACUUCCAAUGUAUUUUUAGAACGCUUGCAUCUAAUAAAAAAGAAACUUGCAAACUUUCCAAUCAAGUUACUAUCGCUACAAAUGCUAGAAAUAAGAAUGACUCAACCAACUGUUGAAUAUUUCUAUUUUUUACAUAAUAGUUUAAGCAAACGUCAUGGAAAACUUGCGCGGCGGUCAACGCGUUAAAAUACAUCUUCAAGCCAAUCAGACAAUGGUUCGCUAUUGUCUUUGUUCGUCCAAGAGGAUACAAUUUUGGAUGGAUUUUGCAAAUUGCUACCAGAAGUCACUAUUCUGUAGGCAUAUGCGUGUAGACGAACGGUUGUAUACAGCCAUAAAACAUCACGUCGCGCGCCGUCGACUGCUCGACAAAAAGAGACAGAGCCUGGUAUUUCGAGGUCGCAUUCGUAGGAUCGCAGAGGCGCGACCGAAGCUACUACAUCAAAGGAAGAACUUAGAAAUUACAAAUGGUUGUUGGUUUAUACAAGAUGGCGCGCCUCUAUGGAGGCCACGAAAGGUUUUGGAAGCUAUUAAUCAGCAAUUUGGCAAUAAUGUGGUUACGCUGGGCUAUCCGAACCAUUACCCUAACGCCACGGAAUGGCCUCAUUACUCUCCUGACUCGAGUUCGUGUGGUUUCUUUACUUUAGUGCUAUAACAAAGACAUAGUGUACAGGAGUCGCUCUUCAAGUACGAUGGAAUUAAAAGACCCCAUUUUCAAAGCGUUUCAAGCUUUUAUUAUUUAUCUA